AUGAAGCUCACUUUGUCACUUUGCUGCAUUAAUCUGCUUUUAGUCCUUGAUUAUGUCUGGGGAAAACCAGUAUCUGAUAUACAGAGUUUGAAGCAGAUUUUGUCCGAGAUGCCUGAACGCUCUUCAGAGGAGACGCAAGACAGCGGCGGCAACGCCGAGAAGUCAAAGCGCAGCGCUUCAGGGGGGCGCCCGUGGGGGUCCUCCGACCCCGGCAACUCGGCACUGGAGGCGAAAGCGGACGUCCUCGCCGUUCUCUUCAAAGACCUCUUCCGGACGUCGAAGCGUUCCUGGGGCCGCUUCAAGAAAGGCCGGCUGAGGAGCUGCUUCGGGGUCCGUUUGGAUCGGAUCGGGUCGUUCAGCGGAUUGGGAUGUUGA